AUGAUUGAAUAUUCUUUGACAACAUUUGUUGUCAGCUUUCCUUUUUUUCUAAUUAAAAGUAAAGGAGAGGCAAUUGGAAGGAGCGCAGUUACGGUUGGUUUCCGUGGUCACGGCAACAUUCAUACACCCCAAAACGCAGCGAAACCAACUUCUAUUUGCCGAUCUUCGUGUUUUUCUGACUUAAAAUUCCCUUUAUCUCUCUCACGACAAGCAUCAGCUUCUCAAUUUCCCUCCAACUUCCGCCUGUCGCGUUGUGCUUAUCACCACUCUUCUCGCUUACAGCGGUAUUUCACGAAUCGUUACCACAAGAAGGUAUGCCCUAAAUGUAAAAGGACAAACAUUUUACCUUCAACAAGUUGUUCCUUCUGUCUUACUCCUUUAAAUGACCUUCAUAUACAGAGUAUCGGCAAGGAUCCUCUAUGGGAGUUGGCGUUAUCUCGUGGUGUUAAUCAUGACCAAUCAGUACUCUUAAAGGCUAAGUAUGAAUAUUUAAAGGAAAAUAAAUCAAAGAAAAAUAAAGAAGGACUAUUAAAGGAGAUAUUAAAGGACUUACCACAGCCUCUCAUAGGUUCCCUCUGUGUUGGUGCUGCUGCUGCCGCUACAGCAUCACCAUCAGCAGCAACAGCAGCAGUAACAGCAGCAGCAGCAGCAGCAGGAGGAGGAUCUCCAGGUGUAAGCGGUUUGGGUUAUACAGAGUUAUAUCGUUCCUUUAAUUUUGUUAUAACAACAACUCCCUUUCCUUCUUCUUUUAUUCAUUUAUUAGCAAUUCCUCGUGCUUGUUUCUAUGAUAUAAAACAGUUAAGAAAAACACAUAUUCCUCUCCUGCAGGCAAUGAAAGAAAAAACGCAUGCAAUAAUGGAGCUGCUGCUGCCGCUGCAGCUGCAGCUUCUGCAGUUGCAGCAGCAGCAACAGCAGCAACAGGUAGAUGCAGGUAGUAGUAUCCCUGAGGGCGCGCCUCUUUUGAGCAACAGAGAGCAGCAAAAGGAAGUAAAGGGGAAAACAGACAGAGAGGCAGCAGCCAUAGAGUGCAAAAUGAGCAGCAGCAGCAACAGCAGCAGCAGCAGCAACAACAACAACAACAAGUCGCUAAAAGGAAAGGAGAAGGAAUUGCUGCAAAUGGCAAUAUAUGGAUUUAAUUAUCCUGCAGAAUAUCGUCAAGUUUGCAUGCAUGCAAUAAUUCCUCCUUUAUUUAAUUUAUCUUUAUUUAAUUUUCCUUUUUUUUAUUCUUUUUAUAAAACAAUUAAAGAUAUACAAACAUGCGGAUCUGUACAAGUCUUCUCUCCUUCUUCUAUUCUUACGUAA